AUGGUGCUGUGUACAAAGGUUGUUCUUUCGGAUGGCAGUUCUAUUGCUGUGAAGGAAAUGCACGAUCCUGAAUCCUUGCGGGAUGAGGACUUCUCCAACGAGGUUGAGAUCCUAAGCAAGAUCAGGCACAUGAAUCUCCUCUGCCUCCGUGGCUGUUGUGUUACCAGCGACGUCUUCAGAGGUCGGAGGAGGUUUCUGGUUUACGAUUACAUGUCGAAUGGGAGUUUUGGUGAUCAUCUAGCUAGUGAUUAUACCAGGAAUGGACUGAUCGAGUAA